GUAACUCCUGAUCAUUGGAAAGUUCGAAACCUUGCUCAAAUGAAUUGCCCAGAUUACGAGAUGCCAUGUAGCGACAACAGCGACUGUCUUGAUUGUAACGAACCAUUGGAAUGUUUGGAUCCCACGAACAAUUUGCAAUUCCUAUGUCUCCUUGCAGGUGAAGAUGAUCCAAAUGGGAAAUAG